AUGGAGGGCAACAAGGACGAAGCGCUGCGGUGCCUGCAGCUGACGAGGCGAGCCAUCGAGUUGCAAGACUAUGCCAAAGCCCUGCGCAUGGCUGAGCGCGCGCAGCGGAUGUUUCCCACGUCCGAGGGGGCGGCCUACGUCUCCAUCUGUACAGCGAAGCUUAAUGCGUCUGCGACUUCUGCUUCCUCCUCUUCUUGCGCCUCCUCUUCUGGCUCCACGGCGGCCUCUGCUGCGCGCGAGGCACCCGCCGCAGGAAGCGAGCGGGGAGAGGGCGUGCGCGGCGGCGCGUCGAAUCUGCGGCAGCGACACCACGCGCGCGAAGGUGCUCCCCCCUCCUCUGCCGCGCCGCAGGCGACGGCCUACAGCAGCAGCUACGCUCAGCACGCGCGCACGUCGGCAGGCGGGGGAGGGGCGUCCGCGUCGCAGACGUCUUCUCCGUCUGCCGCGUCUCCGGGCCCCUCGCGGACGCAGUCGGCGAGUUUUGCCUCGGGGAGUGCGCGAGCUGCAGAAGGGCGCGGCGGCAGCACAGGCGCCUCCACGCUGCCGCGGAGUGCGAGCUCGCCGGGGGCGGGCGCAGGCGGCGACGCGAAGAGCGGCUCGCGGGGCAACUACACCGCCGAGCAAGUCUCGCUCUGCACUCGUGUCCUCACCACCAAGUGCUACUACCAGACACUCGGCGUGGAGCGGACGGCCACCGACGAAGUCAUCAAGAAGGCCUACAAAAAGCUGGCGCUGCAGCUGCACCCCGACAAGAACCGGGCGCCUCACGCCGAGGAGGCGUUCAAGAAAGUUGCAAAGGUGUCGCAGUGCCUUCUAGACUCUGAAAAGAGGAAACGCUACGACCUCGUCGGCGAGGAUGAAGCCGCGUCAGAAAACACGCGCGUGCGCUACCGCCAAGACCCCGACGGCGGAAUCACCCCAGAGGAACUGUUUCAAGCGUUCUUUGGCUUCACGAUGGGAGACCGCGUGAGAGGGCGCCCGGGUCAGGCGCGGUACUACUAUCAGCGGCGACCCCAGAGAGGCAACGAGGAACAGGCGGGCGGUUUGUACUACUUCCUGCAGAUCCUUCCCAUGGCUAUCAUGUUCAUCAUCAUGUUUGUUGGAAACUUCUUCCCGUCUUCUUCGCCGCUGCCCCCCGCGCACUACUCCUUCACGCAGACGACAGACUACCCGAUCGACCGGCUCACGCGGUACCACAGCGUGCGCUUCUACGUCUCGCCUUACUUCCGUCGGGAUUUCCCUGAUGAAUCUGAAAGACUCCGAGAGCUAGAGAUGUCAAUCGAGCUGAAGUUCUAUCACAACAAAUGCCAGAAAGAGAAGGAAGAUCUUUCUCGACAACUGAACGUGGCGCACUACUACCGAGCCUCAGAAGCGAAGGUUCGCGAGAUCCUUGAUCGGCCCCGUCCCCACUGUCAGAUUUACGACACGCUUUGGAGCCAGCGAACGCGGCGAUCGUAG